AUGUCUACAACUGAUAGUAGUGAUCUUACUAAUAUAUCUGAUAGUAUUGAUCCUCUUAGCCUUGCACUUGGUAAACGCUCGAGACAAGUCUCACAAAAGUUGCCAGGAUAUGAUUAUAUUUUGCCCCUUUCUUUUGCCAAGUUGAAUAAUCAACCGCUCUUAUCUACUCCAUCGGCCAACUCAACGAUUUUACCUCCAGCGGCUGCUCCGAUUCAGAAUUGGGAACUUCAUCAAUUAGAUGUCAAUAAUGCUUUUCUACAUGGAGACUUGAAAAAAGAAGUCCACAUGAAGAUUCCGCAAGGUUUUGCAAAACAGGAGGAGCAGAGACUAUUCAUGCAUGCACCAAGACAAUCACAUCUAGAAGCUUCUUAUAGAGUUUUACGUUAUCUCAAAGGAAAUCCAGGUCAAGGGAUUCUACUUCCUUUGGAUAAUUCUCUAUCUGUAAGAGCCUACUGCGAUGCUGAUUGGGCAUGGUGUUUAAUGACACGACGAUCAACUACAAGAUACAUUGUGUUUCUUGGCAAAUCACCCAUUUCUUGGAGAUCUAAGAAACAAUCAGUGGUUUCUCGUUCCUCUGCUGAAGCGAAAUAUAGAGCCAUGGCCACUACUAUCAGUGAGAUUGUUUGGUUACCUCGGCUUCUACAAGAUCUUCAAGUAACACAUGCAAACCCAGUUUCUCUUUUUUUGUGA